AUGGUCUUGCUAGCAAGAUCUGCUGGCCGCCUGCUCUCUGCUCGGUCACCACUUCUGCCGAAACAGCAUGGGGCCCGUCAAUAUUCAAUCCAGGCCGUCAUCGAACACGGCUGCAAGGGUUUACCAGAUUAUGUCGCACUCAUGCCUGUGACAUGUCUGGACUCGCUUCAUUCCAUUGGUCUACCUUGGUUUGCUGCUAUACCGCUGUCCGCCAUCUUGAUCCGAUCACUGCUCAUAUACCCCUUGUUCCAACGCCCUCUGCGUGAGAAGCUGGUUGCUCGUGCCCAACUCCAACCUCUUGUAGAUGCCAACAUGAGCAUCACGAAGCGCAUCCUUUACAGGCGUACUACCAAAGGAACCCAGAAGUCCAUGGCCCACAAGCUAAACUUGACACUUGAAUCCUGGAGAACCAGAAAUCGCGUCCGAAUAGCCAUGUUUGAACGCUCCCGUUUGUACGGUCAUAGAUUCUUUAUGUUCAUGACAACCAUUGUGGUUUCAGAUGGCUUGAGAAGGAUGAUGGGUGCCAAGGAGGGCCUGUUGAAGUUUGUCCUGGGCCCUCUGGACUGGACUUUGAGCUGGCUUGUGCCAUCUUCCCUAACAGAAACAAGUCCUGGAGAAGCGGAGGUAUCGCCGGCCAGUCCCGUUUCUAAUCCAGUCACGAACACAGGGCUUGACGACCUCGACCCAUGGUCGACGGGUGUUCCACAAGGCUUGUCUGCCACUGAAACAGCACAGGAUGCUACCAGCGGCUUGGCCCAAGAAGCAUCGACAGCAGUGGCAGGUCAUCUCAACUCUGCCUGGUUCGAUCCGAGUCUCUUGACUGAAGGCUUCUCCUGGUGUCCCGACUUGACAGCGUCAGACCCUACUAUGGUCUUUCCGCUUAUAUUCAGCAGCACCUUUUUCGCCAGCAUCUACUUUGCACCCCGUAUACAGGGUACCGUGACUGGAAGCAAAGUAGACGAACGAGCAAAAUCGACAAACGGGCAGAGAAUCAUGAUGACAGUUGCAAUGCUAUCCAUCAUCCCGGCUCUGCACAUGCCUACUGGACUUUUGCUCUACUUUAUCUCCAACAUGGUCACCAACAACUUGCAGUCACGUUGGCUCACAUACACGAAGCCCAUCCAUCCUGCGCCGACUGCCUGUAAGCGACCUGUCAGAAUGCAGCGAUACAAGGAGAUCCCAGAGGAGAUGCUGCCCAACAAGGCCAGGCCAAAUGCAAGACAAUAG